AUGUCUGGAAAGGCUAUAUACACAUUUGUUUUUGAAGGAAGAUACUCUGUUAAGGAAAAACUAGGAUUUUCUACUCCAAAAUCUAUUUCAGAAAUAAAUAUACCACGUCAAGUCUCAAAUGAAGCAAUAAAUGAUAUUACUAGCAGCGAUAGUAGCGACCAGUCUGAAAUGCCAUCAAAAAAGUUUGUUUUUACUUUUUCGGUAGAUGAAUGGAAAACAAUUCAGCCACAAGAAAUGAAUUAUAAAAUGAUUGACAAAACAAGACGUAUGCAAAACACCAGAGCAAAAGUAACUCCUGAUAGUUAUAACUACGUAGUAGUUGUUGCACGAUGCACUGUCUGCAAAUCACAUUUUAAAGGAACUAUAGCUGAAAGACCAUCAGACAAUUCUAGAGUGCUAAUGAACUGUAUUUACACUGGUAAUUAUAACGAUGAAUAUAAAAUUUCACGAAAGCGACGAUUGUUAGGACCUACGAUAAGUAAAUACACAACAUCCGUUGUUAAGGAAGGCAUAUCAUGUGAAACCACUAGGGAACGAGAAGCUCCUCGUUUAAUGAAAAUGGGUGAUUGUGAACCACCUAUCAUUCAAAGUGGAAAUUCCUUGCGAUCUUUAAAGAGUAGAAAAUUAGCAUCUGAAAGACGUCAUGUAGAUACUUUAACAUCAAUAGUUCUCAUGGCAAAAGAAGAGGAAUAUAAUAAUAUUUUACAUGAUAUUGGAUGUAAUCCAUUUUUUGUGCAUUACUUCUGUUCUGAACAAAUUAAAAUUUACAGACAAUAUUGCCGCAGUGUAAGAUAUCCAAAGCUAGUAAUUGAUGCGACCGGUUCAGUAGUGAAACCAUUUACAGCUACAAAUAUGCUGAGCGAACGGCAUACGAGCGUUGCAAUUUCUAAUUGGCUUUUUAAUUGGUUAAGCAGUGAUAUACCUAUUCCAAAACAAACAGUGUGUGAUCAAUCUUUAGCCCUUUUAUCCGCCAUUGUAAAAUGUUUUACACAGUACUCCACCCUCCAAGAUUAUGUUAGAGCAUGUGCAAGUCUACUACAUGGAGAUGUUCCAUUGAAAUCUCAUUGGGUUCCCAGAUGCUUUGUUCGAGUAGAUAUUGAACAUUUUAUAAAGACUAUUAGCAAAUGGAUACCAUUAAAAUCUGUUGCACGAAGAGUUCGAGAAGUAAUUCUUCGAGCAAUGGGAUUUUUAAUUCAAAGUCAGUCACUGAUAGAAAUGCGAUCGAUUUUUCUAUCAUUGUUUGUAGUCUUUACAAAUGAAACCGACGGCACUGAUAUUCAUGGCGAAGACACUCCAUGUGAAAAACAUCGACAAAAUUUGAUUUCAGCUACAUCAUUGGGUUUUAUUGAUUUUCAAACUCAGUUUGAUGAAUUAAUCGCCAUGAUAGAAUGUGAGGAUGAUGCAAGACAAAUCAUCGAAGAUGAAUACGAACGGCAGAAUGAAGGGCUGGAGUUAUUUGAAAAUCCAUUUCAAUCAUGGACUAAUGAAAUUUCCAAUGAAAUUAAAAUGCUCAUUAAAGAAGGAACCGGAAUUAACCCAUUAUAUUUACCAAAUUUAGUUCCACAUUUAAUAAAAUGUACCAAGCUAUUACCAUUAUGGUCGGGAGUUAUGGUACCAAUUUUUGGUUAUGGAGAAGAGGUAUCAUGCUCAGCAGCUGUUGAGUCGAGUUUUAAAAAACUUAAGACCGUGACAUUAAAACACGUAGACUUGCCAACAAACUUAGAAAGAUUUUUAGAGAAUCAUAUAAUGUCUCUAAAAAGCUCAUCUAUGUUGCGAGCAGCUAAAUAUCACACACCGGUAUCAUCUCCAAAUUAUGAAGAAAACCACGAAGAUAAAAUACCGACGCAAUCUCCAGUUUCAAUAAGAUGUAAUGAUGACGAAGACCAUGCCAUAUAUCGUCACCAUAAGUCGUCUUCUGAUGAAGAAGAAUUAGUUGACUAUAAUUCUGAUGAUAUGUUAUAUAUUCCAAAAAGCAAAUGUUCAUUAUGCAGUACAGGAAAUCCUCCAAAAGUUGGUGCAAAUAAAUGUUCUAAUUGUAAAAAACUGGUACAUACCUUUUCAACAUGUUCAGUUGAAAAGCCAGGAACACAAUAUGAUCGUUUAUGUAUGGUGUGCUCUUUAUUAGAAGAAGAUAACAUAAGGACUGAAAAUAAUGCUCAAGAAAAAUGGAAUCGAAAAAAUAAGAAGCAGAGAAAAAACAAUUCCUAUCUAACUCCAAAUCCCCAUUUAAGAUAUUUGACCCUGACCAAGUCAAAUAGUAAGAGAACACUGCCAGUGUUAAAAAAUGGAUCAAGGUUUGAAGAACUGAAAGGAUGCAGAACAAAUGCAUUUGAAGGGAGAGUUAUAUUUAAUAACACGUGCGCAUUUGACUCAUUGGCGUCACUUAUCAUGGUAUCAUAUUGUGACAGUCAAAAAUAUUCAGAAAUGUUGGAUAUUUCUGAAAAAUCAGAUUUUAUAAACUUUAUUUGUAAAAUUUUGAAUUCUGGGAUAACAUCUGCAUCAUAUUCACAAAGAGCUGAUUUAAUUAUAAACAAUUUGACUGUUGAAAUAAAAGAAAUGGAAUAUGCCACUACAUUAGUUGUAUGUGCAUUGUGCAUCUACUAUUGGCCAUUGUGUAAAAAUAUCAAUAAACGAAAAAUUAUGCAUUUCACAUUCCAAAUUAAUGAUGACGAUAAUAUUUCUAAAUUACAAAAUUUCUUUGAUGAGGGUUUAGAAAAAGACUUUUUAAUUUGUGGCCAUAAUGAUUGCAAAGGUCUUAAGACAGUCACUACUGACAUUUCGAAAAUGCAUAUAUUUAUUGAUAUUCUUAUUUGGGAAGGCGAAGAAGCCAUUUCCAGCCAACGCAGUAGUGAGGCAGCAACCAUUUUUAAGAUAAAGCUGUGUGACAUACCGGAAUUAAUAACAGUAAAAUCUACAGUAUAUGAACUAAGAGGCGCUUUAGCUUUUCAACGCCCUAAAAGUUCGUUGAGAAAUUCUGUUGGGCACUAUACAACAUACACAAAAAGAGGAUCUAAAAAUUGGGAGCUUUAUGAUGACCUCAAGAAACUUCCUGUCCAAGUGAAAGAGCAGACAAUAGUUCCGGUCGAAUUUUUGUUUUAUUCUGUUUAA